AUGAAUAAUGUGACAGUAAAGAUAAAAGGACCGUUCAAACAAGGAAACACAAGUGCUUCACCAGUACCAAUGUUACGUGUCAACCUGUCAGAGGCUAUAGAGCCAAAUCAGAGUUCCCAAGAUCUGACUUUUCUUUUAAAGAACAUUAGUAAGAACUUCUAUGAUGAAAAUGACCUUACUGUUUAUCAACAUGAUUUUAAAGUUCAUACAAGAAAUAGUAGUUUGUUGUUUGAAACAAACUCAAAUCACAGUAUACCGUUGUACUAUAGCGUACAUGAACACGACCAAAGAGUUAUCCUUGCAGUUUUAGUGUUAAUUGGUGUUUACGUUCUAAUUAUAUUUGAUUUAGUACAUCGAGCAAUGGCAGCUCUUAUUGGUUCUCUUGCGGCUAUUGCAGUCCUUGCUCAUUAUGGAGAGAGACCCAAUUUAAACACUAUAAUCAGUUGGAUUGAUAUGGAAACAUUAAUGCUGCUCUUUGGCAUGAUGAUACUGGUGUCAAUAUUCUCAGAAACUGGCUUCUUUGAUUUCUUUGCCUUAAAGGCAUACAAAACUGCAAAGGGAAAAAUUUGGCCACUGAUUACUUUGUUGUGCGCAUUCAGUGCCAUAGUAUCUGCUUUCCUGGAUAAUGUCACAACUAUCUUAUUGUUAACACCAGUGACGAUACGAUUAUGUGAAGUAUUGAAUCUAGACCCAAAGAAGAUUUUGAUAGCUGAAGUACUCUUCUCAAACAUAGGCGGCACAGCAACAGGUAUAGGAGAUCCCCCAAAUGUCAUUAUAGUGUCAACUCCAGACUUCAAACCAUAUAAGGAUACAGAUUUUAGUAUGUUUACAUUGCACAUGUUCCCUGGGAUAGUUCUGGUUUCCUUUGUUGGUUACGGUGUCAUGAGAUUGUUUUAUACAAAAAUGGAUUCACUAGAAAACCCAGAACCUAUUGAUGUUGCAGAAAUGAGACACGAGAUAAAUGUAUGGAGAAGAGCAGCAGCCCGUGUCAACAUUGCCUCUAGAGAGGAAAGCAUAAUGAAAGCACUGUUUUUACAAAAAGCCACAGAGAAAGAAAAUGCAUUGAUAAGACUGAUGUAUAAUAUGAGAAAUACAAAACAGACCAAUUUUGAACAAAAUGUCGCAGAAUUAGAGAGAAAGUAUUACAUAACGGAUAAAUGGUUACUAGUUAAAUGUACCAUUGUCCUAUUUGCGGUCAUUGUCUUCUUUUUCCUUCAUUCGUUUAUAAAUGGUGUUUACAUCAGUCUUGGUUGGAUUGCCGUUGUUGGGGCUAUUAUUUUAAUGAUCCUAGCUGACAUUAAGGAAUUAGAAAAUAUCUUCCACAGAGUUGAAUGGGCAACGCUCAUUUUCUUUGCUGCUUUAUUUGUUCUCAUGGAAGCACUGAAAGAAUUAGGUUUGAUUGAUGAAAUCGGCAAAGCAGUUGGAGAUAUAAUUGGUAAUGCUGGAGAUAGAAAGUUAAUAGUUGCAGUUUUGUUAAUACUAUGGGUAUCCGCAUUCGCCUCAAGUUUCAUAGACAACAUUCCAUAUACAACAGCAAUGAUACCAGUUUUAGUUCAACUUACAGAAAAUGAACAGGUCCCUAUACUUCCCAUGAUACUAGCAUUGGCAUUUGGUGCUUGUCUCGGAGGAAAUGGAACAUUAAUUGGAGCUUCUGCCAAUGUUGUAUGUGCAGGAAUAGCAGACCAACAUGGAUAUGGAUUCACUUUCUGGGAAUUUUUCAAAGUUGGAUUCCCAAUGAUGGUUGUAUCAAAUAUUGUAGCAAUGGGUUAUCUACUCCUUUUCCAUGUUGCGAUUGAAUGGCAUCCUAGUGUACAAGAUCAAUUAAAAUAACUUUGUCAAAUAAUUAUAUUAUCAAAAUGAAUGUCGACAAUAUAGAUGUUACAUAUCAAUUUAACUGUUGAAUACAUUGUUGUUAAACAAUACCUAUGUUAUUGUUGGGGAAAAUUCGUACAUAGCAUCACUCCUGGGUUAUUGUGAAUUAUAAGUAAAAGGUUUGUUUUUGCGAGAGAAAAAAAUGCUAACAAGUUGAAUCGUACAUGUAUUGUAGUUUUCAUCAUUUAUCAAACUUUGUCAUUACUUUAUUACGUAAGCCUUUUUCGAAAACCACACAAAAGAUAAAUAAAGAGCAUGUUCUUUCAUGCAUUUGUCAUCCAUUUGUCCGUUUAAAGUUUUACAACGAACUAUUUACAAAGAACGAACACAUGAGCACAAGUACCAUUCAUAUUUAUUUCAGUUUAUUUAUAUUUUCACUUGCAUUAUUAUGAAACACAAUGUCAAUACUGUUUUGUAUAACAUCUUAAAUAGGGUUGGCAUGUACUUUGAAGAAAAAAAAGAUGACUUAUGAAUGUAGCAUGUGAUUUGAUUAAUUGUAUCUAUAUAUAGGUUUGAACGUUGUUUUCAAUUUAGACUUGUGUAUAUAUAUAUAUAUAUAUACUCUUAAGGCAAAUAUUGACCUUUUUACUGCCGCUUUACCAUGAACUUCUGACAAUAUUAUAUCAACAGAAGUGAUAUCAACAAGUGCUAUUUUUGUUUUUGUUUUUGUUACUGUUUUUUAUCUUAUGUUAUUCUUACUUUGAGAUUAAAAUGUAAAUCUUUUCAAGGAACCAUAUGGCAACAAAGUUCAUUCGUCCAACUAACAUUAAUUAAUCGGUUGAUAGUUAUGCUGAUAAAGACACGAUACUACAAUAAACAUGUAUUUUUAUUUUCAAUCUUCCGCUGGUAGACGAGUUAAUUUUUGCAUUAGUCUGGUCAUAUAUCAGUAUCUUUCUGCAAUAACAAUCACUCCGUUUUAUAUUAGUAAUUAACACAAGAACGUCAUAUAUAGAGUAAAUCAAAUAUCGACUUUUGGUUAAAUGAAGAAGAGUAAUUUCAUUUAUUCUAUAAGUAAUCAGAUUCUAUGAAUCUCUCAAAAUUCGUACCGAGAAUAUAUCAUAUUACUAACUGUUGUUGCUUAUGUUUCCAAUAUUUUGUUUUAAAUUAAAGCAUCAAGGUGUUA